GCCGCAAUGAGCAGCUUCUUAGAUUACUCUGUUGUGAGCGGCGACGGCGGGUCUCUCUCCGCCAGGGCCUUCUACUCAGACCACGGAACUGCCGCUUUCCCGUCCUGCGCUGUCACAGCCGGUCACUGUGGCGAGGGGGACGGCUUUACCGGGAGCAGGGGGGCGCCUGGGGGUAUCGCUCCUCACGUUCAGCAGCCGGGGUCCUACCAACCCCUCGGCUCCUUGGGUAUGACGUACCCCACCCACCCCGGCGCCAGCUCCAGCUACGGAACUCAGAGUUUUUGCGCGGGUUACAGUCAUUACGCACGGAGCCAGGACGCGGACCCCGGGGGCGGGUACACAGCACGUGCCCCCAUAGUUUAUUCCGGGAACAUUUCGCCGUCCGUGGUACAGCAUCGCCAGGGCUACAGCGGCGCAUCUCUGCCCCAGCUCCAGUACACUCACGCGGCGUGUGGUCACGAGGCGCCCAGCCUGCCCUACGCGGGAUGCGCAGACCCCCUGCCACCUCUGCACCCCGCGCACCGUGACGCCUGCUGUUCACCCCUGUCCGCGAGCUCGCCCCCAGCGCAGACAUUUGACUGGAUGAAAGUCAAAAGAAACCCACCAAAGACCGGCAGAGCUGGAGAUUUGGGCUUUGAGGGCCAGCCCAACACCGUCAGAACCAGCUUCACCACCAAGCAGCUGACGGAGCUGGAGAAGGAGUUUCACUUCAACAAGUACCUGACCCGCGCCAGGCGCGUGGAGGUCGCCGCCGCGCUGCAGCUCAAUGAGACUCAGGUGAAAAUCUGGUUCCAGAACCGCAGAAUGAAGCAGAAGAAGCGCGAGAAAGAAGGACUGUUACCAAAAUCCCCAGCUGGUGCAGUAGAUAAUGAGGAGAAAGUCAAUGAAGCGUCAGAAAAAUCGCUGUCUGUCUCGUCCACACCAUCUCCCACCUCAUCCACAGCGUCCUCUACUGCUGACCCCUAUAACUCGAGCUAGAUUGUCCACGCGCAGUGCUCUACCGCAGGGGAAUAAUUGGGGCAAUAAUUUAGACCACACCAACCAAGUGGC